CCUUUGCAGAACCGGCCAGGCACACUAUAAAUUCACCCUACCCUUCAUGUGAACUGCAGAAACCUUGGAGACACCUGGAGCAGCAGUGUUUCUUCCUGUACAGAACAAGCUUCAGAACAAUGGAUGCUUUAAAUAAAGCAAACACAAGCUUUGCUCUCGACUUUUUCAAACAGCAAUGUCAGGAAGAUGGUGACAAGAAUAUUUUGUUCUCCCCUUCAAGUAUUUCAUCUGCCCUGGCUACGGUUUAUUUGGGAGCCAAAGGUAACACUGCAGAUCAAAUGGCAAAGGUACUUCACUUUAACAAAGUUGAAGGAGCCAAAAACGUCACCACAACCAUAAGAAUGCAAGUCUAUUCUAGAACAGAAGACAGUCUAUCAAAUCGAUGUGCAUGUUUCCAGAAGAAAGAAAUUGGCAAAUCAGAUAAUAUCCAUACUGGAUUUAAAGCACUAAACUUUGAAAUCAAUCAACCUACUGAAAAUUACCUGCUUAAAAGUGUCAACCAGUUAUAUGGAGAAAAAUCAUUGCCUUUCAGUAAGGAAUACUUACACUUAGCCAAGAAAUAUUACAAUGCAGAGCCACAAUCAGUUGACUUUGUGGGAGCAGCAGAUGAAAUCAGAAGAGAGAUCAAUUCCAAUGUUGAACAACAGACUGAAGGUAAAAUCCAAAAUCUUCUGCCUCCUGGAUCCAUAGAUUCACUCACCAGGCUAGUGCUGAUAAAUGCACUCUACUUCAAAGGAAAUUGGGCAACAAAGUUUGAAGCUGAAGCUACCAGGCAAAGGCCUUUCAGAAUAAACAUGCACACAACUAAACCAGUGCCGAUGAUGCACCUGAGUGACAAAUUUAACUUAAGCUACGUAGAAUCAGUCCAGGCUGAUGUUCUUGAGCUUCCAUAUGUCAAUAAUGACCUCAGCAUGUUUAUCCUGCUACCAAGUGACCUCACCGGCUUACAAAAGCUGGAAAGAGAAUUGACUUUUGAAAACUUGUCUUCAUGGACCACCCCAGAAUUAAUGGAGAAAGUGAAAAUGGAGGUUUAUCUGCCAAGGUUUACGUUGGAAGAGAAAUAUGACCUCAAAUCUAGUUUGAGCAGGAUGGGCAUACAAGAUGCCUUCACAGAAGGCCAAGCUGAUUUCACGGGAAUGUCAAAGGACGGUGAUUUGUUUUUGUCACAAGUUUUUCACAAGUGUUACCUGGAAGUCAAUGAAGAAGGCACAGAAGCAGCAGCUGCCAGUUCAGCAGCACUGGCAUCACGAAGUCUUGGUGCUACUGUUAUUUUUGUGGCAGAUCACCCUUUCCUCUUCUUUAUCAGGCACAACAAGACCAAGACUAUCCUCUUCUUGGGAAGGUUCUCUUCCCCCUAGAAACUCAACAAUUAUUAAACAGGUUAUUGCAACAACAAUAAUGAACAAAAGACACACCACAAAGAGCAUCUCAAGAGUCUGCGCACUUCUUAACUUCACUGUUAACAAAUCUCUCAAUGUUAGAAGAGAGCACAUAUUAAAAAUAACCAUGAAUUUGUGCCUCUGGCUCAUUUUCCUGUCCAAAGAACCUGAAAAUGCUAGCUUUACCCUGUAAGUACCAGACUGUGCAUGGAACAAUAUUGCUGUGUCUUUUCAAUACUUUCUGAAUCAGAACUGCCACCAUUCAGAACAGGUUGAGUUGAUCUAAACAAGUAAUUUUCAAUAUAUGUGUUUUGGUACCUAAGAAGAAAAGAAAAUCUUCUUCCAGAAUGCUGUUCCAUUUCCAUUAGUUUCAGCUCACUAUGCUGAUCCCCGCAGGAGGGCUACCUCACCCACAUUCUUGUAAGUUUUUUUACUAACUUUGUGGCCUGGCAGAGCUGAUAACGAAAUAAACCUGCAAAAUUCUCUGUGUUCCCGGUACUGAUGCUUCUUUUUUUUUUUUGCAUGAAAAGAGGCUAACACAAGUACUUUCUAAUCUCUGGCCCACAGCAAUUGGAAAAUACUGAACAACACUAUAGAACUGGAGGAAAAUAAAACCUUGAAACCUUCUCCUUUGUAACCUUCCAUCCAUACAAUACUGUUUCCAGCCUAGCACUGCACUGCUUUGCUCUCACUUUGCUUUGCCACUUAUUCCGCUGGUUUGAGGCAAGAUCAAAUGGGAGAAUUAAGUCUAAUUUAAUACAAGUAAUAUGUACUCCCUAAGUGCUUUCAGGAAGAUGACAUGCAAAAUCCCGCAGGUUGUAUUUACUCCUGUCACAGCUCUUUCUCCUAAGAGAGUGUUCUAAUCAGUCUUAAACGUUUGCUGCGAGUGCUCCUGACUACCUGAAUUCACAACAGAGAACAAAGGCCUGGUGUUCUUAAUGGACUUGCACACACCAACAGCAUCUUACUAGAAACACAUCUUCUUGGGACAGCAAGA